AUGGAUAUUAAUAUCUUGAGAGAUGUGGAAGCAGACAUUGAGGUGGAGAUUCUGUCAAAAGAGGAAACAGAGAAAAUGACAUAUGUGGUGUACAAGAUUAAUUUUGACAAUGCUGCGUUUAAGCACCGUAUGCCCCAGCAGAAAACAGCUCCAGGCUAUGAGAGACUGCCCAUGAAGCGAGGAAUCUUUUUUGACAUGUUCCCCUUCAGCGUGAUAUUCCCCAGAGACAUGACCAUGUAUCGGAUCGGAGAUGGUUGGAAAGAGAUCUACACUCAUCUCAACAAUGUGUUUGAACUGCUGUCUAAGGCUGUGGUGGAGAGUAAGCAGAAGGCCAACAUCCCUAAACUCAGCAAAGAAGAACCAGAGGAGAAAGAUGAGAGUGAAAAACCCAAAAAGGAAGAGAGAGAUAUUAAAGUGAUGGAGGAAAUGAAGUGGACGGAUCAGAAAUACAGCAGCUCUCUGACUCAGUACAACAGCUCAAAUAAUUGUGGAGGAGAGGACAUCGAUUUGCUGGCUUUUCAGACUGUCACCGACAUGUGGGAGCCCCCUAAAAAGCCUCUCCACCUCAAGGGCCAGAUGAAGUAUGUCCCUCAGUGGGACUCCCUCAUCUUUCUAGGAACUCCCAUUAUUGAGACAGUGGAGGACAUGAUAAAAAUGGGUGUUUACGUCAAUGAUUUAAAUCUGCACGACUCCAGCAGAGAGCUCAUCCUGGCAGGAACACAGCAAUCAGCCGAGCUGCAACUGGCACUUGACCAGGAGCAGCAGAAGUAUGCACAGCUGCAGGAGAUCAUUAAAAAGCUGGAUGAGGAGAAGAAGAGAGGAGACUCCCUGCUGUUCGCCAUGAUCCCCAAAGCAGUAGCGGACAGUCUCCGCAAGGGAAUAACAGCUCUGGAGACAUGUCAGGUGUACCCAGACUUCACCAUCCUGUUCACUGAUGUGGUGAAGUUUAAUGAGAUCUGGAUCCACAUCACCCCCAUGCAGGUGGUGGACAUGCUAAAUGAGAUCUACAUCGUUUUUGACACACUCAGCGAGAAACACAAUGUUUAUAAAGUGGAGACCAUUAGGGAUGCCUACAUGGUUGUGGCAUGUGUGCCCAAUAAGACCACAUUCCAUGCCCACCACAUCUGA